AUGGAGAUGAAACCCAUUGCGUCCAUACUCUCCAAUUUGAGACCCAGCAUCACGAAGCUAUCUGACUUCAAUGCGACCCUACCUCGAGACAAGGCCGAGUCGACAACAGGUUUCGGAGAAUGCACCACGAAGGACGGAAACAUCGACACGAGCGGAAAAACCGGCGCCGAAACGUGCAAUCUCCUCGCAAAUUCCUCAUCCAUUAACACCCCCCUCGCCCCCGGCACGACCCUCGAGAAGGUCAGCGUUCGACGCCUGGGGUCCGGGUCGCGGAACUUGAUGACGAAUUUCCGUAUCCGACCACUGCGUGAUCGAUAA